AUGAAACGAACAUACCAAGGCACGGGAACAAAUGCCAGAGCUGUUGGCACCGGCAUCGGCAUCGACAUUCGGCUUUCCCAAAUCCACCUCACCAAAGACAGAAAGCCACGAGUAAGGUCGGAUUGCUCAGGAAGCAGUCUCGAGUGGACCGCGGCGGGGUUUAUCGCGCAAAUACUCCGUACGGUCAAACUGAUUCCAUCUCGCGACUCCAUGUAUUCGCAAAACAGCCCCUUCUGA